AGCGUAAACAAGGAAGUUUCUCCUGUAUAUGACACACGAAUAGCUGUACACAGAUCACAGAGCUGUUCACGCUGUUCGAGCCUGAAGAUGAGUUCGGUUUCUGUCUGGUUAGUACUUGUUGCCCCACUGGUUGUUUGGGCUCUGCCAGUGGAUCCCCAAGAUUAUCUGGGAAACAAUGGAGACGCAGGGCAGUUUUGGCAUAUUACUGACCUACAUCUGGACUUUUCGUAUCACAUCACUGGCGAUCGCUCCAAAGUCUGCCUGUCGUCUAAGGGAGCCAAAGCCUCGAAUCCUGGUGUUUUUGGAGACUUCUUAUGUGAUUCCCCUUAUCAACUCAUCUUAUCGGCAAUUCAACACAUAAAAGACUCUCACCAAAAAGCAGACUUUAUGAUUUGGACUGGUGACAGCCCUCCUCACGUACCAGUGAAUGAACUGUCCACCAAAAUCGUAAUUGAUGUUAUUGGUAACAUGACAACUACCAUCCGCAGCCUUUUACCUGAUUUGCCUGUAUUCCCCGCACUUGGUAACCAUGACUACUGGCCUCAGGAUCAAUUUCCUGUAGACGGGAGCGAGGUAUAUACAGCAGUGGCUGAGUUCUGGAAACCCUGGCUAAAUGAACAAGCUCUUACCACUUUCCGGAAAGGAGGAUACUACUCGCAGAUCUACAAAUCAAGCCCUACUGCACUUCCUCUGAGGAUCAUUAGUCUGAACACCAACUUAUACUACAGUCCUAACAAAGUGACUCUAAAUAUAAGUGACCCAGCUGGUCAGUUGGAUUGGCUUGAGGAGACAUUGAAAGCAUCUCGUCAAAACAACGAAAAGGUGUACAUUAUUGCUCAUGUGCCCAUUGGAUACCUGGCGUUUGUACCCUAUACACCUGCAAUGAGGGGGGAUUUUAAUGAGAAACUGGUUAAAAUCUUCAGAAACUACAGUGAUGUUAUCGCCGGUCAGUUUUAUGGUCAUACUCACCGAGACAGCAUUAUGGUGCUUCUUAAUGAAAAUGAAAAGCCUGUUGGAUCAGUAUUUGUGGCUCCAGCUGUAACACCAAUUAAAUCUGCGUCGGAGAAAGAAUCCAACAACCCAGGCUUCAGGUUGUAUCAGUAUGACACCGGAUCCUAUAAUCUAUUGGACCUACAUGGUUAUUACCUAAACCUAACAGAUGCCAACUUGAAAAAAGAACCCACUUGGAAACUAGAGUAUAUCAUGACUGAACUAUACCAGAUAAAGGAUCUUCAGCCCAACAGUCUAUAUGGCCUUCUGAAGAGAUUUCAACAGUCGCAGAGUAUUGACUUUCAAAACUAUUAUAAAAACUACAUAGUGAGCUUUGACACCGAAGGCUGUGAUGGAUGGUGCAAGGCGUUGCAGAUAUGUGCAAUACAAUGUAUAGAUGCGGCUUCCUACGUAAAAUGCUUGAAAGAAUAUAUGAGAUACUAUGAUAUUGAGGGCAUUCUGAGCCUGCAGUGAUAACUGUUGCAGCAUUCUUCUUAGUAGAAAGAAGAAGGGGGUUAUUGGGCAGAUACUUAAACACUGGUCGUUGUUGGUGUUUAGUAGCUAAAUAUUGAGUUAUACGUAAGUUAAAACACUUGUCA